GCUUUGCGACCAGGCUGAGUUAGAUACUCACGCUAACAAGUCAGAGAGCGGUUCGAUGUGCCUUUAGUUUGUGAACGUGGAAUGGAUUGACAUUGGUUUUUCCCAAGAUUCCAGGGCAUGAACGGCAAUCGCGGGCCAGGUACAACGAUUCGGAUUGCUGCGCAUGCCGUCCUCCAACCUAAAACUGUCCGCAGCUACAGUCUGGCAUAUGAAAUACGUGCCUUAUUUCUAGGGACGUUUUGGUGCCUGACUACGGUAACGAGCCCAGGCGGUGGUCCGCAAUGACUGUGGUGGGGCGCGGCGUCUGGGGGAAAUUGUGGGACCCUCACCUCCACAGAAUUCACCGCAUGUUUCUCCGGAGAACCUUGAGUGGUGACAAAUGAGUGGAUAGCGGGGGUCUACCGCUUGGUUAGACCAAGUAGUGUCAGAUAGCAUCGGUGUCUGGUUCCCAGGUGUGAAUACAUAUUAUUCAUGGAAGUGCAUUGACCGAUGCUGACGUUCCCAACGAGACCACCUUAGAGCGUCGGCCAAGCACAACCAAGCGGCACCGGGAUCGGGAGUGGGGCCGUCUGUAUUCAAGUCGGGUUUCAUGGGAGGAUGCAGAUGCGGCCCUGGCGCUCUUUUCGUAAGUUCGAAGAGGAAGCAUGCUUGUUUACACCUACCCGGACGCGAG